AUGGAACUGGCGGACGGCAGCCGGAAACCAGCAUUAUCCACUCUCGAUACACAACCAGAGGAGAGAGCGAGACAACGCUUCGCCGUCUCUGGAAACGCGAUUGUGACUGGUGGAGCCGGAACUCUAGGCUUCGAAGCUUGCAAUGCUUUACUCGAGCAUGGCCUCUCCGGGCUCGCCAUAUGCGACAUGAGUCCUGAACAGAACGCGAAAGCCGUCAAACUUCUCCAAGCUCGCUUCCCCGGAAAGACGAUCGAUGCCUUCCAAGUCAACGUCACCGACGAGGUAGCCGUCGAAGCAGCCGUGGAGAAGGCCGCGUCACAACUCGGAUCAGUCGAUCACCUCCUUUGCUUCAGCGGCAUCGUCGGCUGCGUGGAUUCCAUAUCCUCCAGCGCCGCAGACUGGCGGCGAGUUGUGGAUGUCAACACGACUGGCUCAUUCCUCUGUGCUCAAUCAGCCGCUCGAGUGAUGCAGACACAAGGGACCGGCGGAUCCAUCACAUUCACGGCAUCGAUAUCAGCCCACCGCGUCAACUUCCCGCAACCACAAGCCGCGUAUAAUGUCAGCAAAGCGGGAUUGGUGACGCUGAAGAACUGCUUGGCGGCGGAGUGGGCGAGGUACGGGAUUCGGGUGAAUAGUAUUAGUCCGGGAUAUAUGGACACGGUCUUGAAUGAGGGAGAUGGGUUGGCUGAGGCGAGAGCGUGUUGGACGGGCAGGAAUCCCACUGGGAGGAUGGGACAGCCGCAGGAGUUGACGGGCGCUGUGGUGUUGCUUGCGAGCAACGCGGGAUCCUACAUCAAUGGGGCGGAUAUCGUGGUCGAUGGCGGAGGAAUCGUCUUCUAG